AUGGCCUCGACGUCGUUCAGAGACAGCAUCAACAGCUUGGGCUGGGCACGCCGCGAGCAGCCCGCCAACACCAACAGAGAGACGCCCCUGCUCGGCUCCCUCUCAAAGUAUAAUCCUUUCAACACCCAAGGCAACGUACGACUGCCCACCACCGAGGGCGAAGCUCCCGGCGCACCGCUGCCUGCGCGGACCCGGCGGGAAGAGGAAGAAGGGUGGUUUGCGCUAAGUCGAUGGGACAGAAUCCUGAUCUUCGGCGGCCUCAACAUCGCCGCCAUCGCCCUCUUCGUCGUCUGCUUCACCCUUCUGCCUAUUCUGAGCCUCCGGCCGCGCAAGUUCGCCAUACUAUGGUCGAUGGCGUCGGCCCUCUUCUUGGGCUCAUGGGCAGUGAUGAUGGGUCCGCUCGUCUACGUGCGCCAUCUGAUCUCCCAAGAACGAUUACCCUUCACAGCCACAUACUUUGGAAGCAUUGCGCUGACGUUGUACUUCGCCGUCGGGCUCCGAAGCAGCAUCCUCACAUUGAUGUCGUCGAUAGUCCAGCUCGUCGCGCUGGUGUGGUACCUCGUCAGCUAUUUCCCGAUGGGCUCGCAGGGCCUAAGGUUCGCAGCGCGGUUUGGAGGCAGCCGCAUCUCGGCGUGGAUGGGCGAUUGA